UGGUUCGCAUGGAUGACUAGCUGUGGCUGGUUCAAGCGAAUCGAUGUGUGGGUGUGUGUUUGUGCGAGUGAGCAAUGUGUUCCACAAUACGGCUCUCGCCGGAAAGGUCGCCGCGCGUAGUCUCGGUCGUAGUAGAACGUAAGCAACAGUUGAGCUGAACCGCUUCAUUAGUGUGGUAGGGAUGCAGAAAAGUUCUCGCUCGGAGGCCGUUUUUAGUGUAGUGUCUCUGUUGUUAUAGUCCCUUUCACCAUCCGUUGUGCAAAAGCCGAGCUAUUUUUUGGUGUCCAAAAAUUUGUGUGAGUGUUUUGCUUCGUUCUGCGGCUUGAUCUCAAUAAGCUACCAGUAUACGUAGUGCAAAGGAAGAAUUUUUACCACGAAUGUGCAACAGAUAGUAAAAUUUGUACAACAGAGACCGGAUUGACAAAUAAGGGCAGAAAAACAACGGACAAGCGAAGACUAGUUCGGUGCCACGGCAGGCAAGUGCAGUACAGGGAAGAUUCACAGUGUAUUUGCAAUCGGUGCAGAAUUUUUGCUGUGGCCAGCACGAUUUCCAGCUUUUCUUCUUGGUAACAACGACAACGACGACGACGACAACGCAACACGUCGAGGAGUUCGAGCAAAGCAAGCAGACAGUGUACAUUUUCUGGUUUUUAGGUGCACACCUGUACAAAUGCAGUGCAAACAAAGAGGCUUCUCCGGGCCGAGUUGUUCAAUUUGCGGAAGAAGGGCAACGUGAAGGCAAUGGUAGGCGGCUCCCUAGAUCGACCGACCUUUAUCGAAUCGACCCGUUCCUGCUCGCGUUGUGGCGUCGAGCUGGGAAGGAUCAUCAACCGGGGAGCACCGUGUCGUUCCUGCAGGCUGCGAGUGUGUAAGGGGUGUCGCGAAUUCUCCACUCGCACCACUGACUGGGUAUGCGUUGUGUGUCAUAAGCAAAUUGAGCUGCAGGCAGCCAGUGAAGAUUGGAUGAGUGAUUACGCCGAUAGCGACGGCCGCAGAACCUCGGUCAUCGCUGGCAAGGACUACCUGCCAGCAUCGGAUUUGAUCAGAAAGAGCAUCCGGCGCUCCUGGACUAUAUCCAAUGCGGAAGAUGAAAAUCGUCAAUCCGAAGGAGACACCGAUUCACAGCAAUAUACACAUUUACCUCGUAAGCAAUCGCAGAGCAGUUAUCCAUCGCUGGUAAGAUACCCCUACGUCAAUCCUUGCACAAUGGCCGACUACGCACAGGAGGAUGAGUUCGACGACGAACUUCAACCGUCGAUGGGACGCCGAAUGCCAAGACAAUCUACUCUACCGAAUCCCGAUGCCGGAAUGUUCUACGGCAGCAACAACAACCUGAUGCCACCUUCGGUGUCACCUAAGCAGCUUAGCCCCAGUCCACAGUACAGCCCGUAUCAUACGGAUAACGAGAACGACGAUGCGGACCCGCAACCGCAGACUUCACCUAUAGCGGCGCGGUACAAAAUUCGAAGACAAUCAACACUACCUUGUAGGCCAAAUGAAAACCAUGAAAUAGGACCUAAGCUACUGUCGACUUCGCCGAAUAGUAGAACAAACCUGUACAGUCGAUCACCGGACAUAUCGGACGGUGAUCAAUCCACCCCGAGAUAUCCACCGUUUGUACGUCAGUCAACUUUUCCAUCCAACUCCAGUGAUCCAUUUUUCCUGCAAAUUCAGGCUCAUUCACAGCAACAACAGCCACCACAACCUGGCCAACAGCGCCAAUUGCCCACCUCACCCAAUCGGAUGUUAUUUAACAAAUCCCCCGAUAGUGGUGCCGAAUCGGCUGGCGACGGUGGAAGCUCAGGCAACUCGUCCAUACCCCGCCGUUUUCAAAUGACCAGGCAAGCCACACUACCUAAUCCCGACCAACACGUGAAAUUGCUUCCUACCUCCCCUCCUAAAAAACAGCUAUCACCGCACAGUAUCAAACGCUCACCAGAGUUUGCACGCCAAAGCACACUCCCGGCACCAGACAGUAUGAACUCGCUCUCGGUUCAUCAGCACGGACCAAAAUUCAUGCCUAUCUCUCCAAGACAAAAGCAAUCUUUUUUAUUUCCACAACCAGCACCUGCACCACGUCCUUUUCUUUCACAACAGCAUUUCCCAACGAUGGCCGAUGAGCUAUCGACCACACCACAGCAAAACCCAAGCACACCGAGUGGUAGUGUUGGUGGCACCGGCGGUAGCACUGGUGGUCCACAUCACGCUUCCAAGAUGAUUAAAGUACGUAGCCAUAGUAACGAAGAAUACAGUAUCAGUAGAGGAGCUGGAGUGCCAAGCGAAGGACGCAGGUUGCUGCCCGAAAUUCCGAGCAAUCGUUCGCCAAGACUGGUACGUCAAGAACACGUUAGAGAAGACUCAGUAAACUCAGAAAAACGAUCUCCCAAACAGAAAACAUUUGCCGAAGCAAAACAAGCCAUGAUGGACGACUACGACCUAACGAACGAAUCGACCGUGCAGCUCAACUUUGACGAAGACGAGGAAGCGAGCUUCUAUAACAACGAGGAAAACUACGACACCUACAACAACGACCGACGACUGCGUACCGGCAUGGCACCGGCCAGUACGAUCAAGAGUGCUGAGAGCUUCCUGAACGAUUCUAGCCCCGAGUACUUCUGCCCGGAGGACUAUCUCAAGCAGGGUGGUAGUAAGAAGGAACGGCUACGCCGCCGGAAAUCACGCGAUCUACCCCCAGAACCGGAAGCCGUGGCAUCGUCGAACGAGGACGAACCUGUGAAACGCAAGCCGGAAACGAUGCGUUCGAUAUCGGAGGAUUCACCGGGAAACAAAGCCAUCAAGCCGACACCGCGGCGGUCGUUGUCACAUCCGGAGAAGGAUUCGCAGCAAAUGCCGAAUGCACGUAAAACGGAAAUCUCCAAAAUCCCAUCGCCGCGACCGCUCGCCGAAAUCCUGGAACGUGCCCAGAAAUCAAUCAAGCUACCCUCGCCGCGCCGUAAAGGGUUCCGGUCCAUGGACCAAGCGUGUGAUUCCGAAAUAGCAACAAUGUCUCUACAACAGAUGCAGCAACAACCGGGGGGAAUGCCAAACACGAGUGGAACUCCAAUGGCAACGGCGACCAUUGGUGGCGGAACUACGGGGACAAUAACACGUGCUGGUCCCCGUAAGAUCUCCGCCUUCCAGCAGAUACUCCAAAACCAACGGCUACAGAAGCAUGAUUCUAAGAGUUUGGAUAUCGUAGCAUCGAAGCUGAUGGAAGAAAAGUACGGCUACGCGGAAGCAGAGGAAGAUAAAUCCAAAUCGUUGGACGAUGGCAUCUUUUGCGGUGACAAGAACAGUGACGACAACAGCAGCGACGAGCAGAUCAAUUUAAUUGAUAAGAAGCAUAAAACGCAUCUCGGUGAACAGGAGAUCCAGCAUGCCGUCGAAGCGGCUGCCGUCCUUUUCAAGAAGGUGGUCCUACAGCGGCGCGAGGAGAAACGUACCAAAGAUGAAGGUGACUAUUGCUUCAACCCACGUCAUCAUCCCCUGCCAUUGCUGUAUCAGAGCAGCCCCGGACCGACGAGAAGGCAGUUUCCAUACGACGAUCCAACCGCAGGCUCAUCAUCUUCGGAACCAGAUAGCAACCUGGCUAAACUGCCAUUCACCGAUUGCGAUGACUACCGGUUGGUAUUUAUCAGCUCGGAUUCGUCCAGCAAGGAAGAGGAAUAUGACAGCAGCUCUACCACCUCUUCCGUUUACACCCGACACAGCAUUGCGCUGGACGAUUGCGACUGGGAUUAUUUCGAACCGGGAAUAAGUACGACCACCAAAACGUUGCUGUACGACAUCACCAGCAGCAAUACUCAGCCACAUAGGAAUACUCCCCGGAAGAGAUCAAUUUUGCAAACGUCUCCUCUUACCUCCCCGAUGCUGUACCGAAGAAGGCGAAUGAGCGGAUCUCUCUACCCAACGGCCUACGACACUGGAACGGAUGAUGAAUUUUUAACCCACACCGAGUCUUCCUCUUCGCCUACCAGAAGCGAAGGAUUUUUGGAAAACUUUGAAGAUUAUCGCAAUCUGGAAAAAUUCAAACCUGAUGCAUGCAAGUGUGACUGUGGAUUCAAAACUCACUAUGUACCGAUUCCGGUUCCUGUGCCCAUUCCUGUCCCGAUGUCCACGUUCCACAGUUGGUCCCAGAAACAAGUUCCCGAACAGCUGGAUACGAUUCUGAAGGAACAAAGCCAGCACGAACUCAUCAGGCAACUGUGGAGGCAUUGUACCGGUGGUGAAGGAGCCCUUUUCGAAUUUAAGCCUAAUAACGGGACCUGCCUGCAUUCGCCAUCAUGCUGCUGUCAGCAGCAUAAUAAACAAAAAGGAAUGAAGAAACCUAAUAUUACUGUCGAUCGUCAGGAAAUGGACCGAAAGAAUUCUGAACCGAGAGAAUCAUCGGUAAGCCGCACUGGGCUGGCUCAUCAACCAAAUGAAACCUACGAAAGCAUUAAUGCAGAAGAAAAGAUACGCGGUAAUGGAAAUAGUAAUAAUGCCAUCAGUGAGACGAGUAGUUGUGCUAGUGCUGUUGCUGUAGCUACUGCUGAUGCUCCUCAUAACGAAAAGUUGUUUCGCAACAACGAUUCCCCUAGCAGACAUAGCGUGAGCCCGAGUGAAGCUGAUCCAUUGGCUAGUACCAAACUGACCGUUGCUGUCAACGCUAGUCUGGACCACGUCGCUCCAGCAUCAUUAUCUGGCACCGAUCUUGCCACGGCUGCACAAGGAAGAGAAGAUAAAGUGACGACUACGACAAACCUUCGCCAAAUUAACAGCGAUCAUAAAAAUUCGCUAACCUCGGGCGUAAUAGAACCAUUCCAGAACGUCACCAGCAGUGGAAGUAAAAGCAACAAUAGUAUUAAUGGCGACGAGAAAUUAUGUGAAAAGCCUAAAAUUAACAAAAGAAACCCUAUAGUGCACCACCGUCGCAGCAGCAGUCACGAAGCCAUUAAAAAUGAACAACCACUUGUGAACGUGCAAGUGCAAAAACCUGUACCGAGACAGCGUGGUGUGAGUGAAUCGGUAAUAACUGUACCACAGCGCGAAAAAGAAAAACAACAACAUGGGGAAAACGAAGAAGAACUAGUGAACCAGUCAGACGACGACAGCGGUAAUGUAAUAGCACUGUGUAAUACGUACAAUGAUACUGUCGUCUCCGAUGUUGUUGCUAAUAGUGUACGUUCACGCAAUGAAACGAUAUGCGAAGUGACCGACGAGUGCAUUGCUGUUGCUAGUGGAAAACGGGAAAAUUAUGCGGAAAAUUCGAGUGGCAUACAGCGGCAAAAUACUGGGGACGGAUUAAUGGGUGACGAUAGUAGUACUUAUCAAUCGUUAGAUAACGGCAGCAUGAUAACACUGGGGAAGGCUAAAGACGCCAAUUCACCAUCGCCGCCACCACUGGCUGAGGACGACGAAUUAAAGGGCUACCUGUUGUCCGAAAGUCGAUUCAGUUCUUCACAAUCGUCCGUGGCCAGCAGUACAGAUGGUCAGGACACGAUCGAUAAUCGAUCAAUGCCACGCUCGGUGCAACGUAACUACGAAGUCAACAGUGAGCCAAUACUUUUGAAAGUGAAAGGUCUACUAGAAAGUGCUGAAAACACAGACUCUUCAACGUCAUACAGUUCUUCGGAGGGUACGGAUACAGACGAUACGGGGACUAUUGCCGAUCGAAGACCCAAGUCGAAAAAGUUCUGCCAGGUGUUGAUUGUGAACACAGGUUCCGAUAUUGAGUCAAGUGAUUCUGACAUCUCCAGUGGAACUUCGUCCAACUGCUUGGUACAAGAUGCAAAAUCUGCUAGCGCCAUUGCACAGGACAGUGGAAUAGUGUUGAAACGCAUCCGCUUAGUUACCUCGGACGAUGAGAGCCGAAGUGAAAGUGAAGAUUUCAAGGAACGGAUUUCAGCUGAAGGCCAGCUAGAACCAGUGAGAAUGAUCGAAAAAGAAGACCUAGGUGGUUUAAGUACAAAAGAAAUUCCCGAAAACAGUGCAACCAGUACUCUCACUGUAAACCAUCAUAAAGAAUGGGUGGAGAAGGUAGUGGAAAAAGCUUCCACGCCGACAUGUAUCGAAAGCUCCGAUUGUAUGAGUGAUCCAAACAUAGAGCGAGACAGCCUAUGCGCGGACGAAAACAUAGAACCGCCUGAACAGGUAACCACCUCAGAACGAAACGAACACAAUGAAAUCGAACAUACAAUAGCCAUAAACACGACCACCAGCUUACCAGCGCCAUGUAGCGAAGGUGGUACAAAUGAAAACAAACACACCGAUCAGUGUAAAGGUGAGCCAUGGCAAAGCAUAGCGCAAGCAGAAGAAACACCGCCACCAUUACCAACAAUACCACCCAUUCACGAUCGUACCGUAAACACGAAUCUAGCUUCAGUUGUAAACGAACGAUCGUCCAACACGGAUGUAAAUAACUCUCAUGUAGCAGCGAUCAAUGCUGCCAACAAUCGAUACAAGAGUUUAAUUUUGAUUGGCCCAGGCAACGGUACGAUUUCAAUGGCAGCCGAGUCGCCGUCACCUUCGUCACUGACGUCCGGGAAUGUUGAACAGCAAUCUCACGUGAGCAUCGUCACUAGUCACACGACCCGUAUCGUGAGUAGCAGUGAUGAUGAUGAUCAGCAUCCGCCCACUUCGUCAUCGGUCACGGUAAAACACACCAACUGGAUUUCGAGAGCAAUGCGGGAAGAAGAGGAGGACGACUACGGUGAUGACGUCGGGCCACUAGACGACGAACCCGAUCGUUCGCUCGAUCGUGGUCUAGCGGGAUAUUUUAAUUUCUCAUUGGAACAGUCGUCACCACAAACCAACAGGCGACCUGUGAAAAUCACAACGAACGAAAGUGCAAUAACUAGUGUAGUGUCGGAUAGUAUCGGGAGCGUAUGUGUCAGUGUUCAACCAAGCAAUAGUGAUGUAGAUGAAAGCCUUAGCGAGUGCAAUGUUUCAGAUACGGCCGCAGUCAGUGAAAGUGGAUCAAUGGUCAAAAGUAGUCAAAGUGCGGUGGCCGAAUGUGGUAGUGGAAGAAGUAGUCGCAACAGUAACAGUAGUGGUAGUUUGAAUAACAGUAAUAAGAAUGAAGACGUAACGGUAGUGACAGGUGCGGAUACUCUAUCGGCGGUAGUCUGCCUGGAAGAUGGAUUAGCAGAUGAUGAUUCGUGGGUGGAAGAAGUGAGCCAAGAUGAAGAAGAAUUCGCGACGACUACAGCAACCGAGUCGGAUAUGGACGAUUCUGGUGAAGAAAUUUCGCUCGGUGUUGAUCGGGAAGAAGAACUGCGUGGUUAUCAUAGGGCUGCAAUCGAUUUUACACUGCAUACCAUCGUGGAGGAAAGCUGCGAAGACAGUGAGGCGGAAUCAAAUCGCACUUCGGGAUCGAAACAGAGAUAUCGAAUGUCAGCAUCCGAGCUGGAGAAAUAUUUCUUCUACGGACUAGGGGAUGGUCCAUCCGGAUCAGCCAUUCAUAACAUCCGAGAUGACAGCAUUUCGGAGAGUAGUUCAGUAUGCAGUGAAGGUCUCGAUUCACUUGGUGCAGCCGAGGAAUCUCUGGGAACAUCAACAGAAUCAGCCGAUCUGGCAUCGUCUCGAUUGGAAAAAUAUUUCCUAACGGGAUUCAUGGGAUUCACUUCGGAGCGGAACGAAUCGGAUGGCAGCGGAAGUGUUGGAAGCGACAGUGAAGGUCAUCCUAGUCCUGAACAGCGACGAAAACGUCUCGUACGAGCUCGAGGUGCUGGUCGAUCACAGAGCUCAUCGCUAGAUAACCUACUUGCCAAGGACUCCGAAGUGGAACAACAACAGGGUGAUAUCCACGAAGUAUCAGAUUCAUCCGAAACGGAUACCUGCGAUGAGUCUAUGAAUCAAAUGGAUAAGAACGAAAGUUUGUACGAUACUGCAAAGCGAAAGAAGAAGUUCUCUAAGAAGACUGACUCCGAUGACUCAAAGAAGCACGCAGAAAUGCAGCAGUUGUCCCUGCCGCACAAAUCGGAUAAAGAUGGUUCUGAAGAGGAAAGUCGCAAAACUCCUCAGCCAGAUCUUCACCUUCCUCCCAUCAACCCUCUUUCGGAGAGUAAGAAACAAAACAGUCGUGAUAGUGGUUUCAUUGGUAGCAAUGACGAUUUGCUGAAGGAUGGUGAGGCGAUUAGAUCCCCAGAACUCAAGUUAGAGCUGGAAGAAAUCCAAGAGGAGAACAAAACUGAUCUCAAAGAAGAAAACAGUUCCUAUAAGGCUCCCACAAGCGGACCACCACCCACAAACUUAGUGCGAAAGGAUAGCUUUAACAACUGGAGUUCAGAUGAGGAAACUAAUCUGAUGAUGUCGAAAAUGAGACAAUUUUUCAAGACUCUCGUUGUAGCAUCAGCAAACAGUCGAGCAGCGUCUCGAAACUCCACCCCGGCCGUCAGUGAAUCGAACACUCCAAAGCACGGAACCCCCGUGCCGAAAGCUCGCAGCCGCAGCAAACCACCUCAGCUGGUGUACUUUGAAAACGAGCUUACCAGACUGAUGAAAACGGUUCCAGGAAUACGGGACGAGCAGGUCCGCGAGAUAGUCGAAUAUCUCAGCAGUGAAGAUACCUGGUCGGAUUCGUAUGAUUCUUCGGACUAUACGAGCUCGGAUCUGGAAGGAGCCGUGUCACAAAAAUCCGUACUUCAACAACAGAUUUCAGCUAGCUGCCAACAGAUUAUCAAUAAGUUUGAUACAUUAGAAAAGGAUGAAGAAGGUGAUAUGGGAGAUGGAGGGUUGAUCGAGGAACCUCAUACAUUGAACAAGGAAACUGCUUUCGUUUAUCAGCGGCUAGUGGCGUCACUCUCGAAAAUGGCACAAGACGAAGAGAAGCCCGUCAGCGUUACUAGUUCACCACCGUUGAUUGCUAAAGUGAUGCACCAUAUUGGAAGCCGCCUGGUAGCGCUGAUGCAUGAAGUGAGCAGCGGAGAAUCACAUACUAGUGCAUCACCGAAAUCUUCCACCAUGCGAUACCAUCAACGAAAGGCGCAGCCAAACAUAUCGGCAACAACAACAGAAGACGAUGACAGUACUUCGGAAAGUAAUAUGGAAAAGAACGAGGAUCUGGGAUACAUGCUUCCAAGGAGUAAAAGUCACGAUUUGCUGCUAGGAGAUGCACGACCGCAACAUCAUCAGUCGUCCAACAGUGGAGAAAUGGUAGGAGAAGAGAAGGAAGCCAGUGAUUAUGAAAGAUUCUCGUGGAGAGGAAGUUUCGAGUCGGCACUGCUGGCUAAUGGAGAUUCCCGAUCGAAACUAUCGAUUCUGGAUAACUCCAGCUCUUCCAUAUCGGUGCUGGCUGCGAAGAGAAGAUCUGCUGGAGAUUUGCUAUUUAACAACCAGAAUCUCAGUCGAGAGCAGUUGGACCGUGUUCGGAGUUGCGGUAGUAUAGGUGGUGAACGAGAAGAUUUCGAAUCAUCCAAAUUAUGGGGAUCUUCGCAAAGCCAAAAGACUCCACGGAGGAGAUCCAGCGUUGCGGACGAUACUGAUUCUGACGAUUCUACCCAUAAUGAUAAUCGAUUGGCUUCCAGAUCAACACUUCCCCGCAGCCUGCAAAAUGCAAAUACUGCCGUCAACACCAAUUCCCUGCCACGUCUUCCAACGUCCAACAUUCAGACAAUUAUGCAAUCAGCUCCGUCCAGUUCGGCGUCCACUUCGUCGGUGAUGCAGAAAUCGCAAAGCGUCUACCACUUUCUGCAGAACAACGUUAAAAGCGCACGUUACCGAGCACCAGGUUUUAACCAUAGGCCACCGAGUGCUCCGAAACGUGCUGUAUCGGCACCCGGCCUGCAGCAACCUCUGUAUCCACGUCGAGAACGACGUCGAGUUCAGAGCAAUCUCAGCGAGGAAACUGGUACAAUUGAGCCCGGCAGUUCACCGCUGAUCGGCGGAAAUCGAAAUGACACCACCGGUGGAAGCAACCAGGAACUGUCCAGCAGUGGCGGUGCCGCUGGAGGUGGUGGCGGUAGUAGCGGUUCUGGUGGAGCUGCCCAUCGCAGCAUUGCCACCAGUCCGCUCGGAUCAACCACCUCGGAGCACUGGCCAUCGCAGUCGGACGAAGACAUCGACCGAUUGGUGGCACUGCACCAGAACCGAGCAUCGCUCAGUUCCCUGGGAGUGCGGUCCGACUCGAUGGCGUCGGUGUACUCCGGUGCCGGCGAAGGGCGCUACGGUACUGUUACGGUUCGCGGACAGAUCGAAUUCGGUAUGCAGUACAACUACAAACAGGGUGCGCUGGAAAUUCAUGUGAAGCAGUGUAAGGACCUGGCGGCGGUCGAUGCCAAGAGAAACCGAAGUGAUCCAUAUGUUAAGGUAUAUCUUCUUCCGGAUAAGUCCAAGGGAGGUAAGCGAAAGACCAAAGUAAAGAAGCACACGUUGAAUCCGGUCUUCGACGAAGUCCUACGGUUCCAUAUGUCCCUAGCUGGACUGCAGACUAGGACGAUUUGGAUUACGGUAUGGCACUCGGAUAUGUUCGGACGGAAUGAUUUCCUCGGUGAGGUGAUGAUGGGACUGCAGGGUAAGCUGUUUGAUAAUCCAGCCCCGCAAUGGUACCAGCUGCAGGAGAGGAGUGAACCGUUCGACGAUCUUUCCGCGUACAAAGGUGACAUCAUCGUCGGGUUGAAGUAUAUUCCGCCAGAUUCGGAAGGUGGAACGCUGCAGCAUCAUCAUCACAACGGCAGCGGAACGUUGAACAUGCGCAAAUUCAGCACCAGAUCCAUUACAUCAACUUCAUCGAACUCUUCCGGCCCCGGAAGGGGUGCCCUGCACGUACUCGUGAAGGAGGCGAAGAAUCUUCAGCCACUUAAGGCUAACGGAACCUGUGAUGCAUUUUGUAAGAGUUAUCUUCUUCCAGACAAGAACCGCAGCUCGAAGCAGAAAACUCCGGUGGUGAAACGUUCCAAUUCACCUGUGUGGAACUAUACCUUUAUCUACGAGGACGUCUCACUGGCGGAACUGUCCGAACGAGCACUGGAGCUCACGAUAUGGGAUCAUGAUCGAUUGGCGAGCAAUGAGUUCCUCGGUGGAGUUCGCUUCUCCUUGGCCACAGGCAAACACAAUGGUAGAUCAGUCGACUGGAUGGACUCUACCGGCAAGGAGCUUUCCCUCUGGCAGAACAUGAUCAACAGACCAAACUUUUGGGUGGAAGGUGCCCUAGUCCUCCGACCCUCGUUAGAUAACGCAAGAUUCACGUCAUAAUUUUGCGAACCCCCUGUAGAACAAUCCGGGGAAGUCGCGUAGUAGUGGAUUUCCCCCAGACCCCCUCCUUAAAAAUAAUCCUUUUAGUAAAAAGAAGUUAAUGAAAAUAAAAUCAUUCCAACUUUGUGAUGUUGCUUUACAACAACCUAAUCAUAGAUUGUAAUCCAAAAUAUUGUUAAGAAGAAGUAAACGACGACGCGCGAUACUAGCAGAAGAAAGCAGAAGCAUUUUCGAUUACCUAACCUUAUGAACGACAAUGAUGCUUAAUGAUGAUCGGUGUUCAGAUAAGAUGAAGAAACUAUUGGAAGUAUACCUUUUACGAUUGAGUAAGUUUUUAUAAACUUUUAUUUUUUCGACACUAUAUCGUGAGUAAUGUUCGUCUUGAAACAAAGGAAAACCAGAAAACAAACAAAAAAACAUAACUCUUUUUGUGUGUAAAUAGGCUAGAUAUACACAUUAAAGAUCAAAGUAUUAUUUAUCAACAAAAAUACAAAUCAAGCAAAGAGAUUCUUCUUUUCCCUCCAUUUACUCUAAAAAAAAAUAGAUGUGAAACGUAGUCUCUAUACAUAUUUCCAAAAGGAAAAUGGCCGAACCCAUUCACUUCUAUCUCUAUGACCGAACUAACAAAAGUUGUGAACUUUUCCGCGAGCAUGUAAAUAUUUACACAAAACACUAAAUCAAAUCACUAUUUUCUAACGCUGUGAAUCUUUACUAAAUUCAUGUUGGAAGCAAAACUCCUUCGAGCUGCGUUCAAGGCAGAGAAAGGAUAAUUAGGAUCUACUUAGAGAGGAGCAAGGACACACACAAAAAAAAACUUCUAAACUUUCCGUUCCGAACGAUUACCAUUAAAGACGAAAAGGACGAGUUACAAAAACAAAAAUACAACACUGUCAGACAGUGAACUUCGUUGCAAUAUAUACACUUUAAUGAUGAACGCAGAAUCAUGAAACAGAAAAAAAUAGCUGGUUUAUUUUACCGAAAGGAAGAAAAAAGAUACUUAAGAAACAUAUUCUAUUUACCACAGAUAGCGAAAGAAUGAAAAUGAGAUGAACUAAGAGGCAGCAAAAGAAGAAGAAGAAAAAAACGACUGAUCGUGAGGGGAAUCAUAAUUGUUAGCAAAAGUUGCCGUUUGACAGUUUUCAUUGCGAGCGAAACGAUUAACACUUACUGUAGAGUACGAUGGACGAUGAAGUCGCUGGAGCAGAUGACACAACUCUUAUGAACAAACAAAAAAAAAACACUUAGUGAAAGCAGAAAGUAUCAUAUAUUAACAUUGCAUUCAAACGUUUCUUUUUUUUUCCAGUAGGGAAUUUGACCUUUUUCGAUGAGUAAUUGACAGAUACAUAAUAAACAAAUUUGAUGAGGAUUAAAACAGACAAAACCCAGCGUAGUUGUAGCAGUAGAAUUGGUAGUUGUUUACGAGCAGAAAAGUUAAACUAAGGAAAAACGUACGUCGAAGCUGCGGUACUAAUCCGAGUGGAAUUUAAAAUAUUUCUUUCGUUAUCUAAGGCAUGCCAAACAUCUGAACGCUUUGGUUCCACGCGAUGGAUUGUAUUGCAGCUGGGACUAACAAAAUUGUGAACAAAAUAGUAGCGAACACAUAACCAUAACAUAUUUACGAUAGUGAAGUUGUACAUAAUGUCAUUUUUUUGUUUGGUUCCCCCUGAUUUAGUUAUUUACACCUUAAAUGGUCGGUGCUGGUCGGUUUGAGGAUCCAUUUUUCCUCCCACGUUGAAGGUUGAAAAACCGACACUUAGAUCUCGAGUUACGUUUCCCAGAAGCCUUUCCCUUCAGCUCUUUUGAUGUUUGUAUCCAUUUAAAAUAAGCUGUUUGUCUGAGAUUAAAAGACACAUCUAUAUACUGUGAACUGUUUCUUCAUAUUUACAAUUUGUUGAGUAUUACUAAUCUACUUAAAACUCACUUUAGUGAUAAACAACAAAAGAAAACCACACUAGGGCCAAAUUUAAGCUCACUUACUGAUAUGAAAAAAAAAAAACAAAACAAAAACAAGUUCUUCUCUAAGCUACGACACGGAUGCUCAAUUAUAUCAUUUAUAGUUAAUGAAAAUUAUAACUGAAUGAAUGCAUGCAAUUCUAAUCUCUAAGCAAGACAAAAACCAUUUCAUACUAACUUCUUCUAAAAACUCUGUGCAACCACAAAUGAAUAAAAACGACAAGCGAAAACAAAAUCAUUGUAAUUCUUAUGCUAGCUAGAAUGCGAAAGACGAGCAUGUUGUGUGCGAGCCAAACUCAUCACUCCAUACCGAGAGA